GGGAGUGGAAUAAUCAUACCAGCAGUUGGCAUCUGAUACAGUGUACAUUGCAGGAUUCAUUAAAAUAUCCAUGCACCCUUGGGCCUCCUUCGUGUCUAAUUGAUCAAAUGACAUAUGGCCAUAAAAGUCUUGGCAAUACGGGACCGUUGUAGGGUUCAACUUUUUUAAUGAAUCAGCCAUAACCCCACUAAAUUUUUGCAGGAGUUCCUCCAGUGAUGUUCCCUCGCCAGAAUCCAAUGUCAACUGAAAAAAUCAGAAAUAUCUGAACAAUACGAAACGACAUAUAAAAAGAACACCGCGUCACAAUGAAGAGAGUGAUAUGAAGUAUACAGUGCUCCUGGGAAACAUACAUUUGGAGGUUAAAGGUUCUGGCCCCGGAACAUCCCUAGAGGAAUUGCUUAGAAAAUUUAGAAGGGAAGCAGAGGAGUCCAUCAAAAAGUUGAACCCGACUUCGGUUCCCUACUCUGAGGGCUUUUAUGGCCAUGUUUCAAUUCCUUGUGAGCUGCUUGACGCAGAAGAUGUGAAAUCCUGCAGGGAUAUUUUACAGCAACCUUCAAUGUAUGCUGUCUCAAACGACAACUGCUGUAUUGCUGCUUUGAAUAAAAGUGGCACUGGUGGCCUGCUGUCACAUUAUUUCGAUGACAAAUUUAAAGCUCAAGCCAGCAAUCCACCCCAAUUCAAAAGCAACCUGGCAAUGGGAUCAGCAAGCUCUGCAUCAAAAGCUAAGAACUUCACCAAAUUUAAAAGUAGACUGAAUUCCUGCCAAUCACCUCAGGAAAAAGCUAAAGAGGCCGCCAAGGUUCUCGUCCCAGUAAGGAAGAAUUUUUCUCUUUGCGCGUGUUGGAUGUGUGUGUAUUCAGAUGAAGUAGUUAAGGAAGACGACCAUGAUGAAAUGAGCCAAGAAACGGCAAAUUACUACCAGGGCAAAGGCUUUUUUUACGCUAGUGGUUUGAAUGUGCAGAAAAACAAAAGAAACAUGGUAUCUUCAAAUUUUUCUUUAUCUUUUUUAAAUAAAAUUACCCCAACGUGUCUCCUGGAGGGUAACUUACCAGGAAUCACUACGCCCUACCUAUAUUUCGGUUUUAGCCAUUCUUUUUUCCCUAUUCACAUUGAGGAUCUAUCUCUGUACAGUUUGAAUUUCCUGCAUCAUGGCUAUCCAAAAGUAUGGGUGGUUGUUCCUCCAGCCUCCAUUUCGAAACUUCACUACUUUCUUUCUAAGGAGUUCAUGUGCCCAGGUCAUAGUUCGUGUAUGGGGCUUCUUGGUCACAAAUAUCACAUCCCCACACCGGCCUGGCUGCAUAGUAAAGGCAUACCUUUCAAAGUGGUUCAGCAGAGAAGUCAUCAGGCUGUUCUUGUGGCACCUAAUGCGGCGCAUUUUGGAUUUAAUUUGGGACCCAAUGUUGCAGAGGCUGUGAAUUUUGCAACAACAAAAUGGGUGCCUUAUGGAAUUGUGUAUCCUCGAUGUACCUGCAUGCCUGGCCAGGUCCACUCUGAUCUAAGCACCAUUAUUAGAACAUUAGCUCAUGAUAUGAUGGAAGCGUACCUGCAGCAAAAAAUACCAAAUGUUCCUUCAGAUCCAAACUUUCUUAAGUGCAUUGUUCGCUCACAUUUGUGGAAGGAAUCAUAUCAGACUAAUGAAGACUCCCCACUUUGUAAUGGACCAAGUGAAGAAUCGUGUGAUGCUGUGGAAGCAAAAGUGUAUUCACAGCCUGAAAGAAAGCUGAAGAAAUGUGCAAAGCGGAAGGUCAUCAAGUGUCCAGUCUGUGACACGGUUUACCAAGGUGGGCAAAAACAGCGACUUCUUGAGCACAUCAAUAGUGCCCACAAGAACCUACCAGAAAAAGAUAGUGUAAGAGUCAACAAAGUCCUUGAAGUUAUGUUUCCGCAAUGGGGCGAAAAACUCCCGAAAAAGAUUUGCCCUCUUUGUGGUAAAGGUGUCGCUAGAUCCAUGAAAGCUCAUCAGACAAGCACAGGAUGUCAACCUAAGGCAACUGGUUCAUGUGUUUAGCUAUGACUGUACAACUUUAGUUCAACAAAAAGCCAUCAAGAACAUUUGUUAUCUGAAUUCACCAUAAAUGUGAGUCUUAAGAAUGAUGUGCAAGUGAAAUUAUAGGAUUGGCAAGUGCUGGAAAUAACUUUGAAUUGCCAAUUUCAACUGUCUGUGAGUAGAGUUAUUGUACUGAACUUGUUGUGUCUUGUUCAGUUGUUCAGCGGGGAUUAGUCAUUGAAUAUUUGAGGCUCCCUCUACAAAAUUCCCAACUUUCUUUUUUACCAAAUAACUUCCAAUACUUCAAUAUUGUUGCACUCCUUUUGCUUAUCCAAUUCAACAGGAUGUACUAGAGCUCCCCCUAGCUAGAACUCCCCC